AUGCAUGAAACUGUCGAGUCCAGCUACCGUCAGCUCCAAACCCUCGUCGCGCGCAUGCGAGCCGCUCCUUCGGGGCCCAGCCACGUCGACGGUGCCUACAAAGAGUUUGCCAAGAUCAACGAGCGAUGCGUCGCUCUCUGCGAUGCUAUAAUUCGGGAGGAGAUCAGGACGCCGCGCAACCUCUCCAACGCCGGUGACACCGGCUCACUGACUCGCCAGGACUCCGCCGCAGACACGCCUCGCAGCCCGGGCGCGCCGUUUGAUCAGAGGAGUUCGUUUAGUGGCCGCAGCUUAGCCGAGGUCGUCACGGCCAGUGGCAGCAGGAGUCAUGGCGGCGACCACUGGCUGACGCCUGUUCGGGACUGGAAGACGUGUCUCGAGGUGCUGACCGAGCAGUUCAAACAAAGCCUUGCCGAGACGUACAUGAGCUAUGAGCGGGAUGCCACGCCCGAGAUGCUCGAGGCCUUGUUCACGAGCAAGAAGUUUAGGAGAGAGGCAGUUCACCGGAUGCGCAAUGCGAGCGUCACCAAGAUACUGUCUGCGGAUCCUCAGUUUUUCCCUCGGUACGAAAUACGGUUCAGAAACUACGAAAGAGUCAAACAGGAGCUUAGGGAAGUCCGAAAGCUCCUCCAGGCGGGCGAGUCUGGCAUCUCCCCAGGCAGAGUCAUUCAGGAGUUUCCCAUUGCCCCUCGCGGAGAUGCCGUUCUCGAGUUCGCCAACUUGGGGCCCGAUUGCACGGGCAACGAGCCUGCUCUGCGAUUCCGCGUCUCCUCCGCGCUGCUGGCCGAGACAUCGCCCGUCUUUGCGCGCAUGUUCUCCGGCAACGCCGAUAGCUACUAUCUACACGAGGCUGACGAUGUAUCACAUCUGCUCCCGCCAUCGCCGGUGCCGUACUUUUGUGAUGACGGCUCCGAGGUCAAGCUGUAUCGGAUGCCGCAGCAAGAGUUCAACCACCACGGCGCGCUGGAGAUUUUGCUUCAUGCUGCUCACAUGCACAACGACAAGAUCCCCAGGGACGUGACCUUUGAGCAGUUUGUCUCCAUCGCCGAGUGCUGCCUCAAGUUCAAAAGCACAUCACCACUAGAAAUGGUUGUCGAGCACAGAUGGCUGCCGCAGUGGAUGCAUAAAGGGGCCGAUGACAUGCCGGACGGCCUGCUCAUCAUCAGCUAUGCCUUUGGCCUCCGCCAGCUCUUUACUCGAAUGUCCAAGAGCGCCAUCCUAAACCUUGCUGAUGAGAAGGACUUGCAUAGCAAACCGUGGCCCAAGAAGAUCAAGGACAAAGUCUGGGCAGUUCGCUGCGCCAAGGUAGACCAGCUUUAUGCCAGCUGCGCCAGCACGAUUCAAGAGUAUCUUCGUCCACCAGCGCAGGACUCGGCUUCAUCUGAGGCGAAACAGCACAUAUCCCUUUCCGAUCUCGACAGCCACCUCUCCUCGCCGAUCCAGCCUGCCAUGACGCUCACAAGCACCCCAAGAUGCCCCAAGGGCAAUCACUGGUGCGAUGCCUCCAACUUGGGGUGGAUGAUGCUCGUGUACAAUGAGCUCGGCUUGCUGCCAACCAUUGUGCAGCCCACCGUGAUGGCGCACGCUCAAAACUCACAGGUUCCGUCGAAGAGUCUGGCACAGAUGAUGGAGACGCUCCGCUCAACACCGAGCCCUCCUGCACCGCUCCACCCUGGCAGUGUCUGCGAUCCUGUCCCCGCAUUCCGAGCAGCCAUUGCCGACAUUUACAACAGCGUCACUGGCUUGACCCUGUUUGACAUUAGCGGCAAGAGCCAUGGCUGGGCGCUCUCAAAGCACAAGAUGUCAGAACCGCAGCUGCUGCUGACCGCUGGGCUCAAUAGAAUGGCUGCGCAUGAAAAGAUCCACAGCGUCGUCACCGAGUUCCCAGAGGAGAUUCGCCUGCGGAUAUUGAGUGAGCUGGAGGAGCUGGAGGAUCUGCAGGCCGCGGCCAGAAUUAAUCGUGGCUUUUACCAGACAUACAAGAGAAAUGAGCUACAGCUCAUGCGCAAUAUUCUGCGUGCCGACCGGAUGCGCUGGGGCAGCAUAGGGCGCCACUCCCUAGAUGAUGACAGGGCUGAGAGCAAAGUCUUGAAGGAAGAGGCGGACAGGCUCAAGGAGAGGGGCUUUGGCGACGGCGCCGACGCGAUUACCUUGAGGAGCGAAGAGGACGAGGGGCUUUAUGACUCGGACGAAGAUGACGAUUCUAGCGUUGAUCCGCUGACUCGGCAUGGCUCUAUCUCGUCUCAAGGAGGGCGAAUUCAAACUAAUAACGACGACGAAGACGAUAUAGACAUCCUGACUCACGAUCCCCCACCACCCUUCCGGCCCCAGGAACCAAAUCCUCCGCCGCCUCUGCUCCCUGUCACUACUGAGGACCACGAGGGCUCUGACGACGAUGAUACGGCCACUCCGACGACGCCUCGACAGCGCCCGUUUGAUCCCUCGGACGAGUCAGCCACUCCCUCAGACGAAAGCAGUCUUGUUUCAACAGAAGACAUCGAGGAGCCCCCGAUGACGGAAGAGGAAGCACGCAGGAUCCUAUGGCCGGACCACGUGGUUGUCACUCCACCACCGCCGCGAGGCGCAGUUCCACCCGGCGUGGAGGGGCUGCGGGAGAAGUUCCGUGUUGGCGACAUCUCCUUCAUCGAGGGCCUCGAAGACAAGACGUUAGCCAAGACGGAGACGAAGCUACUGCGGAGCGACCACGACGAGCGGGCGGGCCUGCUCAAGCAGGACGGGCGGCCGACCUCGAGCUCUUCGACGGCCAAGGGCGCGAGCGGUGUCCAGCAUAUAGAAGAGGUUGGAGGCCGGAAGGGGAGCGAGGACGAGUUGGAGUCGGCUCUUUCUUGA